UGCGCGCGGUCGUCAUGACAACUCCACCACGGCUCUGGGGGCGGAAAGGGAGAUGCGGGGCGGUGGUGGGAAGGUGGCGGCCCGGGCCAAGUCCCCGUCUCCCCCUCCCGCUCCCACUACAAUCCCUACUACGUCCUGGGCCCCGGCCGACAGGAGCGUUCCAGAAAUUAUUGGCAGUCUCCAGGAAGAUUAUUAUAAUCUAUGUAUGGAAAAGUCCAGGAAAAUUAAUUCCUUUGUAUGGCAUCUACUCCAGGAAGUGGAUGAAGAAAUUGAAAAGGGAUUGGAAGGAAUCACAUUAAACAUUCCUGGUAACAGUCGCUUAAUGCCAGUAGAAAGAAUAACAGGUGAAGAUCUUUGGAUUCUUUCCAGAAUUUUAAAGAAGAAUCCAUAUAUUAAUGGUUUGGAUGUUAGAUAUAACCUCAUGAGUGAUGUUGGUGCAUACUAUGCUGCAAGACUGCUUCAGAAACAACAUAAACUCAUUUAUUUAAAUCUUAUGUUUAAUGAUAUUGGGCCCGAAGGUGGAGAAUUGAUUGCUAAAGCACUACAUAAGAAUACAACUCUGAAAUACCUAAGAAUGACUGGAAACAAGAUUGAAAAUAAAGGUGGAAUGUUUUUUGCUGCAAUGCUGCAAAUUAAUUCAUCCUUAGAAAAAUUAGAUCUGGGUGACUGUGAUCUGGGAAUGCAAAGUGUGAUAGCAUUUGCUACAGUCCUAACUCAAAACCAAACAAUUAAGGGAAUAAACCUAAACCGACCUAUACUGUAUGGUGAACAGGAAGAGUCCACAGUUCAUCUAGGCCACAUGUUGAAAGAAAAUCACUGCCUUGUUGCACUACACAUGUGUAAGCAUAAUAUGAAAAACUGUGGAAUAAAACAAUUAUGCGAUGCACUGUAUCUGAAUAGAAGCCUACGCUACCUUGAUGUGAGCUGCAAUAAAAUAACUCGUGAUGGAAUGGUGUGUUUGGCUGACGUACUGAAAAGCAAUACUACUCUGGAAGUAAUAGAUCUUUCUUUUAACAGAAUAGAAGAUGUAGGAGCAAAGUAUCUCAGUGAAACUCUUGCUUCACACAACAGGAGUCUUAAAGCGUUGUCAGUAGUCAACAACAACAUAAAGGGAGAAGGACUUGUUGCACUUUCACAGUCCAUGAAAACAAACCACAUACUCUCUAAUGUCUACAUUUGGGGAAACAAAUUUGAUGAAGCUACAUGUGUGGCAUAUUCAGACUUAAUUCAAACAGGCCGUCUAAAACCAGACAAUACAGAUGUGGAGCCAUUUGUGGUGGAUGGACAUGUGUAUCUUGCAGAAGUCUCCAAUGGCCUUAAAAAGCAUUAUUACUGGAGGCCAACUUAUGGAGAAGCUUGCAGUCAGUCAUCUAAUGCAGGUUCUAUUCUUGUACCAGUAGGUCCAGAUCUAUGAAAAACAAGCUCUAGAAUAAUUUUCACAUAUUUGCCUUAUGUUAAUAUUUUAUGGCCUACUACAGUUUUCGUUCAUAAAUUAGAACAAGCUACUUCUUGAAAUGUGUAAAAGAUAUAUUAAACUUUAACUGUCCACUGUGGAAAAACUGAGUAAUAUAAUUUUUUAGAAGAAAUUUUACAGGAGAGCAAAGAUGAUAGAGCAGGAGAACCCUGAAUUCACCUCAUCCCACGGAUAUAUCAAGGCAACUGCUCCACUCUGCAAACAACCUGAAGCCUGGCAGAACAGAUCUUCCACAGCUAAACCCCUGGAGUGACUAGCCACAAAGGGGAAGGACAUCACAGGCAAGGAGAAGCGACCCCACACUGGACACCAAUGGCCCUGGGGACUUGCACUGGGAAGACCAGUCUCCAUACUGUCUGGUUUUGAACAUCAGUGGGGCUUAACUCCAGGAGAGCUGGAGGGCUAUAGGAAACCAAGGCUCCACCCUCUAAAAACCAAUACACUAAAUAACUAAAAAGCAGUUUGAAAAGUGCCUGGGGUGUAUGUGAGGGAGAUUUGUUGCCUCAUUUGAGGAUGUAUACAGGAGAGGCAGGAAUCUACAGGAAAUCUAGUAGCUUUCUCCAGGAAGGAAAGUGCUGGUGGCUGCCAGUUUCCCUGCCCCCUCCCAGCCUAGACAGCCGAACACUUAUGGAAGCCAGUUCUGACAUUCUCAACCUACCUUCCUAGCAUGGUGUGCCCUGCCCUCUCCAAACUGCCCAUGCCAGCAGGCACCCCUCCAAAGCAACUCUUGCUCUGGAGAGGAGGGAGCUAACCCCACACACCAGUGCGCCUGCAGUUGCUGUAGCUGCACUUCUCAGCUAGCUAUAGAGGUUUGAGAAAGCCCUACCCGUCGAUGUGUCUGCAGCAGUCACAGAGGCUCACUAUAGACAGCUGGGCUACAGGCUAGCCCUGCCUACCAACAAACCCACAGCUCCUACAACCAGGUCUCAGAGCCAGCCACAUAGGAAGCAAGCCCGACCCACCAGUAAGCCCACAGCAAGCAAAGCAGAUCACUGCAGCUAGGCUGUCCACACUGCAGAGGCUGAAGCAGGGCUUAUUAGUCGUGCAGGGGAUAAGCGCUGCCCACCAGUGUAUCCUCAACACUAGAGGAUAAUCACUGUAGUCAGCUGGGUAGAGGGCUAGCAUCACCAACCAGCAUGCCGGCAUUAGUCACAUAUCAACCACAACAGGUUCUGGUGCCCAGGGAGGACUGUGCUACAGGGAACCAUAGGACCCUUUCUACACAAGGACACUACUUUCUAGACCUAAGAGAAGGAGCUGACCUAAUUAAUUCACAGAAACAGACAAGAUGAGGAGACAGGAAUAGGUCUCAAAUGAAAGAAAGCAAAACCACAAAAUAAGAGCUAAUGAAACAGGUAAGCAAUAUGCCUGAUAAGGAGUUCAAGGUAAUGGCCAUAAAGACACCAGACUUGAGAGAAGAAUGGAUGAACUCAGGGAGAACUUCAACACAGAGAUAUAAAAUUUAAAAACUAGUCGGAGAUAGAGAAUAACUAAAAUAAAAAAAUGGGCUACAGGAAAUCAGUGGAGUAGAGGAUACAGAUCUGAUCAGUGAUCUGGAAGACAGGAUAAUGGAAAACACCAAAGCUAAACAGCAAAAAGAAAAAAUAAUACAUGAGAAUAAGUUAAGGGACCUCUCUGUGAUCUAUCAGUGUAUGAACAUUUGCAUUAUAGGGGGUUACAGAAGGAGAUGAGAGAAGGGGGACAGAAAACUUAUUUGAAGAAAUAACUGAAAACUACCUUAACCUGGGGAAGGAAACAGACAUCCAGGUGCAAAAAGCAAAGAGAGCCUUACAGUGAACCCAAGGACAUACAAUUAAAAUGGCAAUACAUAUAAUUAUGUAUAAUUAUAUGUAUAUAAUACACACCAAGACAUAUAAUUAAAAUGACAAAAAUUAAAAAGCGAAUCCUAAAAGCAAUAGAAAAGCAAACUUACAUACAUGGGAAACCCCAUAAGGCUAUCAGCUCAUUUUCAGCAGAAACUCUACAGGCCAGAAGGGAGUGGCAUAAAGUGCUGAAAGAAAAAAAACAACAAAACAACAAAACCCCCUGCAACCAAGACUACUCUAUUCAGCAAAAUUAUCACUCAGAAUUGAAGUAGAGACAGUAUCCCAGACAAAAGUUAGAGUUCAUCACUACUAAACUAGCUUUACAAGAAAUGUUAACAGAAAUUCUAUAAACGGAAAGAGAAGGCCACAACCAGAAGAAAACUGAGAGGAGAAAAUUUCACAAUACAAGCAAAUAUAUAGUUAAGUUAGUAGAUCAAUCGCUUAUAGCUAUAAAAAUUAGUCAAGGGAUACACAAAAAGAGGCAGAAUAUGAUAUAUACAUAAACAUGGAAGUGGUAAUAAAAAUUGCAUCAGAAGAAUAAAAUACCAGGGUGGCUGGCUCAGUUGGAAGAGCAUAUGACUCUUGAUCUCAGGGUUGUGAAUUUAAGUUCCACAUUCAGUGUAGAUACUUAAAAAAAGAAAAAACUUAGGGGGUGCCUGGGUGGCUCAGUUAAGUGUCCAACUCUUGAUUUCGGCUCAGGUCAUGAUUUCUUGGUUUGUGAAUUUGAACCCUCCAUCAGGCUCUGUGAUGUGUCUCCCUCUCCCUCUCUGCCCUUCCCCCUGAUUGCUAUCUUUCUCUCACAAUAAAUAAAAAUAAACUUUGAAGAAAGAAAACAAUAAAAUACUUACGAAUAAAUUUAACCAAGAAGGUGAAAAGCUUGUACUCUGAAAACUGUAAGCUAUUGAUGAGGGGCACCUGGCUGGCUCAAGAUCAAGAGCAUGUGACUCUUGGUCUUAGGGUCAUGAUUUCAAGUCCCACAUUGGGUAUAGAGCUUAUUUUUAAAAAAUAAUAAAGGUGGAGUGCCUAGGUGGCUCAGUCAGGUAAGUGUGUGACUCUUGAUUUUGGCUCAGGUCAUGAUCUCACAGCUCAAGAGUUUGAGCCCCAUGUUAGGCUCUGCACUGACAGAGUGGAACUUGCUUGGGAUCCUCUCCUUCCCGCUGUCUCUGCCCUUCCCCUGCUCACUUGCUCGCUCUCUCUCAAAAUAUAUAUUUUUAAAAAGGUUAAAAAAAAGACAUUGAUGAAAGAAACUGAGGAUGAUAUAAACAAAUGGAAAGAUAUUCCAUGCUCAUGGAUUGGAAGACUUAAUAUUGUUAAAAUGGCCAUACAAUGCAAUCCCUAAAAUAAUACCAAUAACAUGUUUCACAGAACUAGAACAAAAAAUCUUAAAAUUUGUAUGGAACCUCAUAAGACCCUGAAUAGCCAAAGCAAUCCUGAGAACAAAGCUGGAGAUAUCACAAUCUAAGAUUUCAAACUAUACUACAAAGCUGUAAUAACCAAACAGUACGGUACAGGCACAAAAACUGAUACAGAGAUCAACAGAACAGAAUUGAGAGCUCAGAAAAAGACCCCUGCUUAUAUGGUUAAUUAUUCCAUGACAAAAGAGACCAGAGUACAUAAUGGAGAAAAGACAGUCUCUUCAAUAAAUGGUGCUGGGAGAACAGGACCACUUCCUUAUCAUAGACAAAAUUAAACUCAAAAUGGAUUAAAAACCUAAACAUAAGAGACCUGAAACCACAAAACUCCUAAAAGAAAACAUAGGCUGGAAUCUCUUGGACAUAAACCUUAGCGUUUUCCUGGAUAUAUCUCCCAGGCAAGGGAAACAAAAGCAAAAAUAAACAGCUGGGACUACAUCAAACUUAAAAAGCUUAUGCACAGUGAGGGAAAGCAACAAAACAAAAAAGCAACCUACCAAAUGGGAGAAGAUACUUGCUAGUUGCAUAUAUGAUAAAAAGUUAAUAUCCAAAAUACAUGAAGAACUACAAUUCAACACCAAAACCCCCAAAUAAUCCAAUUAUUAUUCAGGUGCAGAGGACCUGAAUGGACAUUUUUUUCAAAGAAGACAUAAAGAUGGCCAACAGACACAUGAAAAAAUGCUCAACAUCAUUAGUUAUCAGGGAAAUGAAAAUCAAAACCACAAUUAUAUCACCUCACGUAUGUCAGAAUGGCUAGUACCAAAAAAAAGCCGAGAUAAGUGUUGGAGAAUGGGAACCCUUAUGAACUGGUGGGAAUGUAAACGUACUGCCACUAUGAAAAAGAGUAUGGAGAUUCCUCAAAAAAAACUAAAAAUACAACUACCAUAUGAUCUAGUAUUUCCAUGUCUAGGUAUUUACCAAAAAACCCCCAAAACCAAGAAUUUGAAAAGAUAUGCACCCCUAUGUUUAUAGCAGCUUUACUUAUAGUACCCAAGAUAUGGAAGCAACUUAGGUGUCUACUGAUAGGCGAAUGGAUAAGGAUGCAGUGUACAUAUAUACAAUGGAAUAUUACUCAACCAAAAGAAUGAAAUCUUGCCACUGGCAACAUCAGUGGACCUAAAGGUUAUGUAUGCUAAGUGAGGUAAGUUAGACAUAGAAAGACAAAUAACCUAUGCUUUCACUUAUAUGUGGAGUCAAAAACAAAUGAACAAAGAAACAAGAACAAAAACAGACUCACAGACAACAAACCAGUGGUUGUUGGAGGGGAGGGAGAUGAAAGGACAGACAAAAUAAAGGGAUUAACGAGGUACAAACUUCCAAACUUAUUAAAUAAGUCAGGGGAACCUGAGUGGCUCCGUUGAUUAAACGACUGACUCUUGGUUUCAGCUCAAGUCAAAAUCUCACAUUUUGUGGGUUCGAACCCCGCACUGGGCUCUGUGCUGACAGCGUGGAGCCUACUUGGGAUUCUCUCUCUCCCUCUGCCCUUCCCCUGCUCAUGAUCUCUCUCAAAAUAAAUAUUUAAGUCAUGAGAAUGAAAAGUACAGCAUAGAGAACAUAGUAAUAUUAUAAUAACACUGUAUAGUAACAGAUGAUAACUAAGCUUACCAUGGUGAACAUUUUGUAUAUAAUUGUUGAAUCACUAUGUUGUACCCCUGAAACUAAUGUCACCUAUACAUCAAAAAAAAAAAGAAAAAAAAAGGACUGGGGGAAAAAAGGAAUAGAGACUAAAAUUUUAACCAUGUGGAAAAAAAAAUUAAGGAAUUAAAUUUGUUUUUAAAAAGAAAAUAUUAAGUAGUAAAAAUAGCAUAAAAAAGAAGACGUCAUUAUUAGGUAUCCUAACUGAAAGUUGUCAUGAGGUUGUAAAACGGGUUCAGGUGGCAGGCUGUCAGGGAAUUUCAGGAGGUUCAGAAGUUGAAAAAGUAUUUUAUGUAUCUUAUUUAGGUAUUAUGGGUAUUGACAGAAUCUCACAAAUAUAAGCAAAUAUAUUAUAAACAUACACAUUACAAAUACAUAUAAGUGGAUGCUUUCCAAACAAGUCAGUGAUGCCAGUGAAAUUUUUAAGAUCGUUCUUUUUUAGAAGAUGCCAGUAACAUUUUUUAAAGAGCUGUUAUUUUUAUUUUUAAAAAAUGUUUAUGUAUUUGAUGGGGCGCCUGGGUGGCUCAGUCGGUUAAGUGUCCAGCUUUGGCUCAGGUCAUGAUCUCGCAGUUUGUGAGUUCAAGCCCCGCACUGGGGUCUGUGCUAACAGCUCAGAGCCUGCAGUCUGCUUCAGAAUCUGUAUCUCCCCCUCUAUCUACCCUUCCCAUGCUCAUGCUGUCUCUCAAUAAUAAAUAAAUGUUAAAAAAAAAUUAAAAAUGUUUAUGUAUUGGAGAGAGGGGGAGAGAGAGCACAAGCGGGGGAGAGGCAGAGAGAGAGAGAGCAAGAGACAGAAAGAGAGAGAAAGAAAGACAGAGAAUCCCAGACUCCACACUCAGUGCAUGUCUGACAUGGGGCUUGAUCUCACGACUGGGAGAUCAUGACCUGAGCUGAAAUCAAGAGUAGGAUGCUUAACGGAGCCACCCAGGUGCUCCAACAUU